UCUUCCCUGGAACUUUCUUCUGAUGAUUUGUUUUAGGCGUGUCUGGCUGGACUCAUAUAAUCCAAUUUGGCAGUGACAUUCCCAAUGAAGCCUCUGUUUCGGUCGUGGGCGCCAUUGCAUUGUAAAGUCUCCUUGUGGAGAGAAAAGCAAGAUAUAAACAAACAUAACAACAGUAAUAACAGACAGUGGUGGCUGUUAAGUCACGUAACAGGUUGAUCCCACAUAGUUCUGAUUCUUAGUACGGUGAGAUAUUGUACAUUGAGGAAGAUUACUGGUCCCAAUAGUCCAGCAUUUAUAUAAUCUGAAACUGGUUGGAACGGUUUAUAUGGUAGAUCACUACUCCCCUAAAACCUCUCUACAACUUGACUUGGAUUGGACAAGGAGAUCUGAAACUCGGAAUGAGUCCAGCCGGUUUGGCACAUGUGUUUAUACAUAAAUUCAAAGGAGAUUACAAUCUAAGUUUUAACUAUGGAAUGGCUGUUAAACUUUGUCUGCAAUUGGUCCAUAAUAACAAUUCUGACCAGAAAUUUCCUGAGACCUUGCAAGAGAUGGCAUCGCAUCCAUAGUGAGCUCUGUUCAAGGUAUAGACUGAACUAUAUAUGAAACUAGUAAAGAAGUAACUGCUCAUAGAUCGAUCAUGUAAGGAUUCAGCAUUUUCUAAUGACCUACGACUGACCUAUGUGGGAUUCUGGGAGUUUAAAGCGCAUUCAUUUUCAAACAAUAUAUUUCUCAAACUGCUCUUCUAGGUGUUUUGGACUUAAAGGGUAUCCCAUGGCAAGUAAAGUAGUCAGAAAAUUAGCAAAACUAUGGGUGAUAUUUUAUAUUCAUAUCAAUAGUCUGAUAUGAUAUCAAUAGCAUCUUUCUCUUGUUUGGAUCAAGGGUUAAUAUAUUCAGAUCAUUACUGAAUCCAGAUGCCUAAACAGGAUAUCUAAGGCUUGUUGUAAGGAGAUAAAGCAAUACCCACACAAUCCAGUUUGGAUCUGCAAUAUUAAUUCUUUUUCUGGUGUAUUUAAAACCGAGAAAUGCUGGGUAGCUUGCCUCUGUCCUUCUUUAUCCAUAUGUGCGAUCACCUAGAAAAUUUCAUCCAAGUCUUCCCUUCAAAUGCCAUAGAAUAGUCUUCUGCUUUUAUGAACUUGCUAAGCCUGUUUUUCUAGCAAGCUUCAACUUUUAUGACAUGCUCAGUUGCUCCUGUUGGGAAAAAAAACUGGAUGUUCUGUUUGAGCUUCAGCCUUUUGCUCAUCAUCUGUGUCUCUCCUGUAUGCUUCUUUUAUUUUGAUGUAUUUGGUCUUUUUAAUGGAUAUCGAGUUGCAAUUUCUAGAUCGUAAGCUAUCUGCUGAAAAUAAAACGGUUUACUAAAGGUGAACAGAAAACCUGAAGGUUGAAGGAUAAUCUGGCUCAGUGGAAAACACCGUGGAAAAAUACAAGAUUUCAUUGUGGUCCUGAAUGAGGACUUAGCAGGCUUAUCCAUCGCGCACAUGCGGAUGUUGCACCCAAUGAUCUGCUUCAGAAGGAAAACCUACUUGGCUACAGGGAUAUGUCUCGUGGCUUUUGUUUCCAUGCUAACGGUUUCCUACCACUGGAUACAGAAAUACUCUCUUUUACCAAAGAUGGUUCUGCGGAGAAAUCUUUGCAGAGGAGAAGUCACGAACAAUUCAAUUUCGGUCUUAACGGGCAACAGCACGUUGGUCAUUGCUGCCUAUUUUGAUAACAGGCAGGAGAAGUCAACACGUGUUAUUGGCAUCGUGCAUCAUGAGAAGGUCAAGGAACAGUAUUGUUGGUUUUGUUGCCCAUCCAGGGAUGAAGUCUACGUCUCAAAGUUGGUGACCAAUGUCCAUUCAGACCGGUUUGGGUUCCCGUAUGCGGUAGCAGACAUGGUCUGCAUGGAGCCCACAAGCUGUGACCCCCGUUAUGUGGCUUUGCACCCAUUUCCUAACGAGGAUGUCAGUAUCUCGCCGUGGUUUGAGAUCAAAAACCGGAAGCCUGAGGCUUUUCCUGUGGAUUUCACAGUGUGCAUUUCCACCAUGUUUGGAAACUACAACAACGUCCUACAGUUCAUACAGAGCAUGGAAAUGUACAAACUCCUUGGGAUGCAAAAAGUGGUGGUCUAUAAGAACAACUGCAGCCAACUGAUGGAGAAAGUCCUAGAGUUUUAUGUUGCUGAUGGGACACUGGAGAUCGUUCCCUGGCCAAUCACGUCCUACCUGAAUGUUUCUAACGAAUGGCUUUCCAAGAAUGAUGGAACUCAAAUUGGUUACUAUGGACAGAUUGCAGCUUUAAAUGACUGUGUCUAUCGGAAUAUGUACCGGAGCAGGUAUGUGCUGCUGAAUGACAUUGAUGAAAUUAUACUGCCCAUCAAACAUACAAAUUGGAAAGCCAUGAUGGAGAGCCUGGAGGAGCAGAAUCCAGAGACUGGUAUCUUCCUCUUUGAGACCCACCUCUUUCCUAACACCAUAUUCACCCCCAAUGCCAUUGACAUUCCCUCCUGGAAUACGGUUCCUGGAGUCAACAUAUUACACCAUGUUCACCGAGAACCAGAUCGGAAAGAGGUCAUCAACCCACGGAAGAUGAUUGUCAAUCCCAGGAAGGUGGUCCAGACUUCGGUUCACUCUGUCCUCCAAGCCUUCAGCAAAAGUGUGGAGGUUCCUAUGGACGUUGCAAUGGUGCACCAUUGCCGAAUCCCCUUCCAACCAUCCCUGCCCCGAAAAUUCCUCAUUAGGGACACCACGCUCUGGAGAUAUAGCUCGUUACUCAUCCGCAGUGUUAGCCAGGUGCUACAAAAGAUACCAUUAUCACCAGAGAAGCAAUAAACACAGGAAAGCAAGAGGGUUGAAAUCCUAGUCAGCAUUUUAUAAUGUAUUGUCGAAGACUUUCACGGCUGGAAUCACUGGGAUGUUGUGCUGUAUGGCCAUGUUCUAGCAGCAUUUGCUCCUGACAUUUUGCUUGCAUCUGUGGCUGGUAUCUUCAGAUGUGAAACGUCAGGAGAAAAUGCUGCUAAAACAAAGCCAUAUUAUCUCAGAAACCACACAACAUCUCAACAUUUUCUAACUUUAUUAAUGCGGACUGAAAGAGGUCCUCCUUCUCGCAAACCAAGAAGGGCUAGAUCCUUUUUCUCAGCCUGAAGCUUCCAAGGGAGUCAGCCCAAGGAGUGCAAAGGCAUGAAACGAACGAGACUGUAAUGACUGUAAAACUGGAAGACUGAAAUUAUUUCAUGGCAGCCAAACAGACACUUAGUGGCAAAUGGAUUCCGAGUGGUUGCUUCUUCAGCAGUGCUUAAUUUUUUAUAACCAUGUUUUGUUUUAUAUCUUUUUCAAAAGUGCAUCUUAGAUUAGGGAAGUAUGCCAGAAAUUCGCCAAGUCUGACAUAAUGUUUGAAGCAAAAUGCUGCAGCUAUUCAUUAUUUAUGACUAUAUGUAGAAGAUGCACUGUGGAUUCAAACUACCACAGAUUCCAACUAAACAUUACGAGGAACUUUUUUGCUGUUAAAACAUAUUUAAUGGUGAAAUGAACUUGUUCAAAGGAUGGUGGACUAAUUAUUUUGUCUUGAAACAGAACUUGGAUGGGUUCUAUAUUUCUGCAUCACAGGGAGCUUGACUGUACUGUCCAUGAGGUCCCUUCCAACUUUAUAUUUUUAUGAUUUUAUGUCUCUUAUCGGAUUAGCUUUCCUCACCAGGUUGUUCUGAGGACAAGUGUAGGAGGUUAUAUCCACAUUUAAGUGCUUUGGAGGACACACAGAAAACAGUCAGAGGAUUUGAUCUGAUGAAAGGUGGUUUCCUGUGUCCGUAUAGUCAACUGAACAUUUAUUGGGUCAGUCUAUUAAAAGGAAUAUGGCAAAACGAACAUUUCCCAGGCUUUUCCUCUUUCAACUAUCACUUGUGUUCAGUGAUAAACUGCGCACACUUGCAAGGCAGACUCUCCUUCUUGCAAAAUAGCGGGAUACAUAUUUAUGGAAUGAAGACAUCAAUUAUUGGAACUCUUAAGUAACAUCAGAGCUCAAACCAUAUCUACAAACAAGGAUGACGUAGUAAUCCACAACUGAAUGACGUAGCAAUUCAAGACGCAUUUCCAAGCUGGAAACGUUCAGUCAAUAACUGCACAUUGGCACAAGUGUUAAACCAGGCAGAAGGUUUUAUUAAUAUUGUUGGUGUAAACAUUGAUAGAUAGCACAUGCCGGAAGGAGGCAACUGCCUGUUCCAGCUCUUCUUGGAGAAAAAGAUCCACAAAGGAAGGGCAGGGAAAAAGGCUCGUAUCCCUUUCCCAUCCCAUCCCUUUCCCUGCAAUGCUUCCCCUUUGAAGCACAAACGCCAAGUCCGGUUUUGAACCGGAGGAUUUGCCAGCACAAACGUGACUGACACCAAACCAUCGUAGAGAAAAGAUUUGUAGAACACGCUUAAUUCUUUUUAUAAAGGGCCGUGAGAAUAAAUCAGCACGGAAACCUCUGCUUUUAGAGCUGUUCGAACCAGGACUAGCGACAAAUGAGGACAAAAUGCUCCCUUUCCCAUCCUCCUUCACCCCAAUCUCUUCAUAAGGAGACUAUGGCAACGGCAAUCUUUUUUUUCUUCUACUUACUAUCCUUGCCUUUCCCUCACUUGAUUCAGAAGCAAUGGCAGUGACAGCUCUUUCAGUGAAGAGGAUUAAAAAAAGAUUGGUUGCUAGCAUUAUGCCUCUAAAAUGUGAAGCCUUUUUCUGCACAAAGACAAGCAGACGAUUUCUCUUCAAUUCAAGAGGCUGUUGACUUAACUUUAAAAAAAUGUUCAGAGACAAAGCACUUGAAGGAGCAGUUCUGUUUUAGCUUCGCCUGCUUCUGAAAUCACAGGAAGGUUUUGAGUUGUAUGCAUUACAACUCCAAUCACUGAGUAGAAGAGAGUGAUCAAUAUUUCUGUUAAGACUCCAGUGGUGUCAAACUUGUUUUGGACUUCAGCUCCCAAAAUUCCUGGCUAUUGGACAAGCUGGCAAUAAGGGCUUCUGGGAGUUGGAGGCACAAAUAUCUGGACACUUCUGCUUUAGAUGUAAAAGCCACUUGGUUCCUAAGCUAUACCGAAACUUGCAGAAUCUUGUUAUUCAGCUGCUUAUAUAUAUGCCUUAUGAAGCUAUUAUCAGGAGGAAAACACCUCAGAGCACAAUAAAAUAGCUCAGGAGGAGGAUGAAGAAAGGAUGGUUUGCUCUCAAUUGGAAUGUAUCUGUCUUUUCCUUUCUCCCCGAAGCUUAGAGCAGCCACGUCUGAGUUGCUUUCUAACCUUCUUUCUGCUUUGAAAACAUAAGAGUGGCCUCUUUCGUGGUUUGACAGGAAGUUCUUGAACACAGCCUAAUAACAACAGUCCUAUGCAUCCCACCAAAAAGGGACUUUUGCACAUAUGAAACUCAUUGACAAAGGCCUAAGUCACCCACAGAAUAUGAAAGAGAAAAAAGAGCUGGGCAAGCAAAUAGGAACUGAUCAACUGGCUCACUUUUUUCUUGUUUUCUAUUGCAAUCAAACAUUUCACUUUGCAAAUAAGAUCUUUUUUCAAAAGCAAUUCUGAUUUUUUAAAAAAAACCUUUCUGAGGAUAUAUCUGGAAGAAACAGAGAACGGAAAUGUUUGAGAAACAAUGGGAUGGUUGUGGUGGGAUUUCUUUUCCCUUCCCUUCCUUGCAACCUUUUCUGGCACCCAAAAAAGAGCGCUACGAGUGGUUUUCAUGAUUUCUGAGAUGCUGCAGGAAGGAGAGGAGACUCUCUCUUGUAUAACCAUUAAUCCAGCACUGGAUACAGCUCCAAAUACACUUUUCUUUUGAAUAGUUCCCCACUCAAUAAAACAAACAAAAAAAGUUGAUCUAAAUGCUCAGAUGUGUAUGUUUGAACAUGAGUAUACAUGAGGCAGUGAUGGAAGCUGUUAGCAUGCCAUGAUGCAUUAUGUUUCAAAGGAAAUCAUGUAAUCCACCCAAUCGGUUGUCAUUCCCCAACUCCCUUCUUUCAUAAAAAGGAUGUCGAGAUUUAAAAAAGAUAAAAUGAUUGUGCAUUGCAUGAUGAUAUCCAUUAAAAUGUGCAGCUUUGGUUCA